UCAUGUAACACGCUAUUUGGUCCUCUGUUAUAACACACAGGGCUGGUUAUGAAACAGGAGCAGAGUAACCCAGCACAUUAUAACACAACCUCUAGUGCGGCGAAUGGGUCUUGACAAUUUUUGCAGUUUGGACGGUUCCGAUCCGUUUUGGGAUUGGAACCGGACAUGGCAAACACACAAUCCAGACCUAACACCGUGUUUCCAAAAUACAGUGCUGGUGUCGAUACCCUGCAUCUACCUCUGGCUGUUUGCACCCUUUUACAUUUUAUACCUCAAAAGCCAUGAUCGUGGACACAUAUGUAUGACCCACCUAAACAAAGCUAAAACAGUUAUCGGGUUUAUCCUAUGGCUUAUCUGCUGGGCAGAUGUUUUCUACUCUUUCUGGGAAAGAAACGUAGCCCGCGUCUACUUAGUCAGCCCCACGAUGCUUGGCAUCACAAUGUUGCUGGCUACGCUCCUAAUCCAAUAUGAGCGGAAGAAGGGGGUCCAGUCCUCAGGGGUGAUGCUCAAUUUUUGGCUGGUCGCUAUAGGGUGCGCUACCAUCACCUUUCGCUCCAAGAUCCUGCAUGCACUGAAUGAACCUGCCAGUGUGGAUGUAUUCAGAUACACCACUUUCUACAUUUAUUUCACCCUGCUGCUGAUCUCUUUUAUCCUGUCCUGUUUCUCCGAUCAGCCUCCUCUGUUUUCCCAGGCUGUCAAAGAAUUGAAUCCAUGUCCAGAGUUGGGAGCUUCCUUCCUAUCCAAGAUUACUUUCUGGUGGAUUACAGGUUUGAUGGUUCAGGGAUAUAAAAGGCCUCUAGAAGAAAAGGAUUUGUGGUCUCUUAACACAGAGGAUAAAUCUCAGAAAGUGGUGCCACAGCUGGUGCUACGCUGGGACCAAGAAUGCAAUAAGGUUAAAAGGCCAGUAGAGAAGAUGGUCUACUCCCCAAAAAGACCAACAAAGGCAGAAAAGAAAGAUGAAGAACCAAAAGAAGAGUCAGAGAUUCUGCUCGCAAAAGCUCCUCAGAAGACCGGCGAGCCUUCUCUCUUCUGCGCUCUCUGCCGAACAUUUGGACCCUAUUUUCUAAUCAGCUCUCUUUAUAAGUUUAUUCAUGACGUCCUGAUGUUUGUCGGACCGGAGAUUCUCAGGCUGCUGAUCAAGUUUGUGAAUGAUCCCAGUUCCCCCUCCUGGCAUGGCUACUUCUACACCUCCCUACUAUUCAUUUGUACCUGUGUACAAACACUCAUUUUGCAGAAGUAUUUUCAUGUUUGCUUUGUGACCGGCAUGAGGUUACGCACGGCUAUUGUUGGUGCUGUUUACAGGAAGGCCUUGGUUAUUACCAAUGCUGCUCGGCGGACAUCCACUGUAGGAGAAAUUGUGAAUCUUAUGUCGGUGGAUGCUCAGCGUUUCAUGGAUCUCAUCACUUAUAUCAACAUGAUCUGGUCGGCACCUUUGCAAGUUAUCCUGGCCCUUUACUUUCUGUGGCAGAAUUUGGGUCCUUCGGUGCUGGCUGGAGUUGCUGUAAUGGUGUUGAUGGUUCCACUAAAUGCAGUCAUUGCCAUGAAAACGAAAACAUACCAGGUUGCCCAGAUGAAAAGCAAGGACAAUAGGAUCAAGCUAAUGAAUGAGGUGCUGAAUGGCAUUAAAGUGCUUAAACUCUAUGCCUGGGAACUGGCCUUCAAAGACAAAAUAUCUGACAUCAGAAAAAGUGAAUUGCGUGUACUGAAGAAGACUGCGUACCUGGGUGCCGUAUCCACAUUUACUUGGGUCUGUGCGCCAUUUUUGGUUGCUCUAUCCACGUUUGCUGUAUAUGUGUUGGUGGAUGAACGUAAUGUUCUGGAUGCACAGAAGGCGUUUGUUUCUUUGGCUCUGUUCAACAUCCUUCGUUUCCCUCUCAACAUGUUGCCUAUGGUCAUAAGCAGUAUGGUGCAGGCCAGUGUGUCUUUGAAGCGUCUGCGUGUGUUUCUGUCCCAUGAGGAGUUGGAUGAAGACAGUGUGGAGCGGCCAUCCAUCACUGCAUCUCCAGACAGCAUCAGGAUUGUAGACGGAGCCUUCAGCUGGUCUAAAAAUGACCCCCCUGCUUUAAAGAGGAUUAAUGUGCAGAUCCCAGAGGGCGCACUGGUUGCUGUGGUAGGGCAUGUGGGUUCAGGGAAAUCCUCUUUGCUUUCAGCUUUGCUGGGAGAGAUGCAGAAGCAGGAAGGAUCCGUUUCGAUCAAGGGCUCAGUGGCUUACGUGCCGCAGCAGGCCUGGAUACAAAAUGCCACUCUUAAAAACAACAUAUUAUUUGGACGAGAAGCGAAUGAGAGCUGGUACCAACAAGUGGUGGAGUCCUGUGCUCUCCUGCCAGACCUGGAGAUCCUACCUGGAGGAGACCUGUCAGAGAUUGGAGAGAAGGGAGUGAAUCUGUCUGGAGGUCAGAAACAGCGUGUGAGUCUGGCUAGAGCCGUGUACUGUGGUUGUGCCGUUUACCUGUUGGAUGACCCGCUCUCUGCAGUCGACGCUCAUGUGGGGAAGCACAUCUUUGAGAAGGUCAUUGGCCCACAGGGGGUGCUACAGGGGCGGACACGAGUACUUGUGACCCAUGGGCUGAGCUUCCUGCCACAGGUGGACCUGAUCCUAGUCAUGGUGGAUGGAGAGAUCACGGAAAUGGGCUCUUACACAGAGCUGUUAGAUAGACAGGGCGCCUUCGCUGAGUUCCUGCGGACUUAUAGCAACACCGAGCAGGAGGAGGCGGAGGAGCCAGUUGGGGAGGAGGGUGGAAAGACAGAGGCUGAACAAGGGAAAUGUGAAGACGCAGUCCCACGGAAAGUACUGGAAAACGGGGGCCCUGCCGCUUUGGGACAUAGUCAAAAUUCUUUGAAUACAGCAGGCACUGGCAAAAGCCCUCAAAAGACUGAAGCCAAGGAUGUCACAGAGAAAAAAGUUAAAUCUGCUGAUGCAGCCCGACUUACAGAGGCAGACAAGGCUAACACUGGAAGGGUGAAGCUGGCUGUGUUUUGGGAGUACAUGAAGGCUAUCGGCGUGCCCCUGUCCUGCUUUAGUAUCUUUUUCUUCUUCUGUCAUCAUGUGUCCUCGCUGGGUUCCAACUAUUGGCUGAGUCUUUGGACAGAUGACCCUGUUAUCAAUGGGACCCAACCCACCAGAGAGAUGCGUUUAGGGGUGUAUGGAGCACUUGGACUUUCACAAGGUAUUUCAGUCUUCUGCUAUUCAAUCUCUGUAUCCAUCGGUGGGAUUAUGGCCUCCCGUUAUCUGCAUCAGACGAUGCUCUACAACGUUCUGAGAUCACCCAUGGCCUUCUUUGAACGCACACCAAGCGGCAACCUGGUCAACCGUUUUUCCAAAGAGACAGACACCAUUGACUCCGUCAUACCGAGCAUUAUCAAAAUGUUCAUGGGCUCCAUGUUUAAUGUGCUGGGAUCCUGUGCGGUUAUCCUCAUCGCCACGCCGCUAGUAGCCAUCAUCAUCCCUCCACUGGGCCUGCUGUAUUUCUUUGUGCAGCGUUUCUACGUGGCCUCUUCACGGCAGCUGAAGCGCCUUGAAUCCGUGAGUCGUUCUCCAGUCUACACGCACUUCAAUGAAACCCUGCUGGGUACCAGUGUGAUCCGAGCGUUCGGAGAGCAGCAGCGAUUCAUCCGAGAAAGUGACAACAGAGUGGACCAUAACCAGACGGCUUAUUUCCCCAGCAUCGUAGCCAACCGGUGGUUGGCGGUGAGGUUGGAGUUUGUGGGUAACUGUAUUGUAAUGUUUGCUGCGCUCUUUGCUGUAAUGGCCAGGGAGAGCCUGAGUCCAGGUAUCAUGGGUUUGUCUAUCUCCUACGCUCUGCAGGUUACAGCGUCUCUGAACUGGCUGGUGCGGAUGUCCUCUGAGCUGGAGACUAACAUAGUGGCGGUGGAAAGGGUGAAGGAAUAUGGAGACACAGAAAAAGAGGCCGAAUGGAGUUUGGAGCACUCUACUCUUCCUGCCGGCUGGCCGACCGCUGGCCAUAUUGAAAUACGCAAUUUUGGCUUGAGAUACAGGGAGGACUUAGAGCUGGCCAUUCAUGAUAUAUCGGUCACCAUUGAGGGAGGAGAGAAGGUGGGAAUUGUGGGUAGAACAGGAGCUGGGAAGUCUUCUCUGACCUUGGGACUCUUCCGGAUCAUUGAAGCAGCACAGGGAGAGAUCCGCAUAGAUGGCGUGAACAUCUUUGAGCUCGGCCUCCACGAGCUGCGGUCUAGAAUCACUAUCAUACCUCAGGAUCCAGUGCUGUUCUCCGGUUCCCUGCGUAUGAAUCUGGAUCCCUUCGAUGGCUACACAGAUGAGGAUGUGUGGAGAGCUCUGGAACUCUCACAUCUCAAGAACUUUGUGUCUGGACUGCCUGACAAACUGAACCACGAGUGUUCAGAGGGAGGAGAAAACCUCAGUUUGGGUCAAAGACAGCUGGUUUGUCUGGCUCGAGCUCUUCUCAGGAAGACCAAGAUUCUGGUUUUGGAUGAAGCCACAGCAGCUGUUGACCUGGAGACGGACAAUCUGAUUCAGUCCACCAUUAGGACUCAGUUUGAGGACUGCACCGUUCUAACCAUCGCACAUCGCCUCAACACUAUCAUGGACUACACUAGGGUUCUGGUUCUUGAUAAAGGCCAGAUGGCGGAAUUUGGUUCUCCGUCCGAAUUAAUCACCAAGAAGGGAAUCUUUUACAAGAUGGCCAAAGACUCUGGUUUGGUCUGAUAAUGAGAGGAGCCAACCGGCACCUCUGCUUUUAGGCCUGGAGACUAUGAAUCUAAUGCUCCAUGGAUAAUGUAGCCAUCAGUUUUCACUCCCAGUUUUUCCCAUUAGUCUUUGCUGUUACUGCUGCUUUGAAGGCCUGUUCGAUGCCAAAAUUUGAGAUCUCUGAAACUUGUUACAUUUCUUCAUUUGUUACAUUUCGUCUUUUGCAAAACAUUUCGCAAAAGCUCUUAAGCAGCAGGUCAUGUCGUUAUAAAACAAAUGAUAAUUGUUAAGUAGUUUUACUGGAAUUGAACAAAAGACUCAUUGUGCUGAUGAUCCAGUGGUCAAUUGCGGAUUAAUAUCUUCAACCGGCUGCUGGGAAACACUCCCUGGGUUUUGUGCUUUGUUUAUGAGUGUGUGCUUAAUGGAGUAUGUAGGGCUAUUGCCAAAAGCCUUUAAAUCAAAGAAAAGUCUACUUUAUAAGCUCUCCCAGGCACAUCUACUUUCUCUUGAUUUCGGUAAUCAUUAUUUAUAGCUUUGAAAAUAACUCAUGUCUGUUACGAUAUUAUUUUAUUAUAUAUACUUUUAGCAGGCUUUUCGCUCUUAUGAAGUGCCCAAGCCCUGUCUUACAAUAAUCAUGCAGUGUAGGCUACACUGGCCUUCUGCAUUGGUGAAUGUACUUAGCUGGCAUGUUAAUUUGUAACCUUUGUUUUUUACUUUUUCUCAGUGAUUAUUUCACCAAAAACUAUAAAUGCACUUCUUAUUUUCUGUAAAAAAAAGCAUAGGUCAAAUAAGGGUUUAUGUUUUCAGGUGUGGCAGAUAUUAUUUUAAAAUUGAUAGAAAUUAUCUUGUACCAUUGUAUGGUCAUAUACUGACUUUUGACUGGUAGAUGGUCCUACCUGCGAGUGCUGUGUGUUAUACUCUAUGUCUGUAUAUCAUAUAUCUGUUUAAUGUACGCUUGAUUGUGCCACAUUAUCAGUGGAGCUUUUGUGAUCUGUUAGAAAAUUUUGCCUGUUGAGUUCAUUUGAGGCCAAUCAAGUUUUUUUUAAAACUGACUAUAAGACAGACUUGUAUGAAUAAUACAAACUAUGACAUAUCUGAUUUGUUACAUAUUUAUAUGAUUUGUAAGUAUGCAUAUAGUUAUAAUUUGUAUACAUACACUAGUUUUAAGUGUGGUUAAAGGAAAUAAAUAAAUUUUUGUUAUAA